AUGGCUACCACCUCGUUUCAGACGUCGAGCCUGGGUUACAACUCACAUGGCAAGUCUUCCAAGUCGCGAGCCCGCACCUCGGUCAAGCCCAUCCUCAAGAAGCUGCACUCCCACUCGCACUCGGAGAAGAACUCGCUCGAUCUUGACCGCGGCUGGCAGGACCAGGAACCGAGCCUAGGCUACGUCGUUACCCCGGAUGACUUCUCCCACCCGACCAAGCGCUACUACGACGCCACCGACGGCUUGUUCAGCAGCACCUCGUCACUCUCCGCAGCUGACAGCUUCGGCGUCAGCUUCUCCCUCUCCGCAAACGACCUCGGCCCCAAGGGUCUCCUAGGCGCUCCCCCCUCUGGCGGCAGUAGCAGAGUCAUCUCUUCACCCUCGUCAUCUGCCGCCGUCGCCUCCGCCACCUCCUCGUCACCAUCUUCCUCCUCCGCGCCCUCCCGCGCCUUCGCGCAUGCCCGGUCCACGAGCGGGGCCUCGCACGCGUCGAUAGCCACCAGCAACAGUCGCAACGGGUCCUUCAUCCACCCCUUCCAGCAGAAUCCGCAGACGUCGACUCCUCCUUUGCACUCAUACACCAACUCGCGGCCUUCGUUCGACACGGCCCGCGACUACUCCCCCACCAUCGCCGAGGACGAAGACGACGAGGACGAAGACGACGUCGCCGCCACCCCCGGACGCCUCAGCUACGGGCGCACCAGCUACGACCUUGGCGGCAUCAGCUACAACGACGCCACAGCGGACGGAUUGGCAUCGCCAGACCUGGCGACGGCGAACACCUCGACCACCAGCGUGUCUCGCUUCGCCUCCCGGCCCACGCUAUCCCCUUCCCACCGGAGCGCGUCGUACGUGCGCCCGUCGCUCGCCCACAGCCGUCGGUCCGGCUCCGGCUCCCUAACCGACACCAUCCCUGUCCCGGCGGGAAAUCAGGGUCGUCUAUCGGACAAUCAGCUGGGGACGUCACUGACCGUCACCAUCGUCGACGACGGUUGGGACGCCUCGACCCUGCCCUUCGCCGGCGCCGGCGGCGACCCACCGUCCAACGGUGACGUCGACACGUCCAACCGGCAGGAACAGGUGCGCCAGGCGCGCCGCAAGUUCGAAGAGAAGGAGAGGGCCAAGGAGGAGAAGUACGCCCGCGAGAAGGAGAGGAAGCGCGAGCGCGCCAGCACGCGCGAGUCCCUAGGUCACCACUCCCGCAUGGGGAGCUUCACCAACGGCGACGCCAUGAGGCCGCAGCUUUCCCGCCGAAGCACGGCCCACAGUAGGGCUCUCACAGAACAUGCGUCCAUCAGCCAACGCGAGAUGGCCGGGUAUGACGACGAUGGCGAUGGUCACGAAGAUGAUUGCUUUGCCGGUACUUCUGCCGCCGCCGCGCUCGACAGCCACGACAGCUAUGAGAGAGCCAACAACGGCGCGGGCUCGCCGCCACAGACGGUGCGCCGUCGCCGCACCGACGAGCACAGGAGGGCUCGUACCACCGCUGCUAAACACAAGACUACGGGGGCCUGGACGGCUUUUGCCCUCUGGUUCAGGACCAGGUUGUUGAAGCUGGGCAGACGAUAG